AUGAUUUCAGCUAGAAGAGGGUUUCAUACCACGGUUGCUUUGUGUGCCAGAACAAAAUAUACAAAACCCAAGCCAAAGCCCAAGCAUAGGCCAACCGUUAGGAAGCCAACGCAAUCAACACAUCAUUUGAACAACUUGAGUGUAACUGAACCAAUUCCUCCAACUGCUGCAAAUAUUCAAGUUCCUGACGAUCACCCACUAUGGCAAUUUUUUGCUGAUAAGAAAUACAUGAGAAAAUUUGACGAGUUAGAUAGCACUUCGAGAUCAUGGACCAUUCCGGAGCUCAGAAGGAAAUCCUUUGAUGACCUGCAUUCUUUGUGGUACACAUGCCUGAAAGAGAGAAACAUUUUGGCUAGGGAAAAUCACCUUCUCAAGAACGACAUUGGCUCCAAUCAGGAUGUGUAUGAGACUAUAUCGGAGAAAGUAAGAACUACAAUGUGGAGAAUUAGACACGUUCUCAGUGAGCGUGAUUGGGCCUUUAAGAUAGCUCAGCAAAAUUUCGAAUCAGAGAAGGAUUCGUUUCUGCAAGAAUUCGAGAAAGAAUUUUUAGAAACUCCAGCUGCCGCAGACGAGGAAGCAUUCGAAAUGGUGGCAAGAUUUCAGAAUGGUUUCUUUGGCAUCAGUGAAUACAUUGACGAAAAUAAAGUUGAUCGAGCUUUUGUUGACGGUAUGAAGUUCGUCGCUACUUUGAAGCUACGGAAAUUCAGUGAAAGAGACGAAGCUAUAAGAACCUUUCUUGAAGAGAGUGACAACCAGAUACAGGAUGCUGGUGAAGCAUUUGUUCUUUUCACAUCAGAGAACACUGUUACGGCUACGAGCGAGGCUUGCGGGGUAAUAAGAGAGUUACGUCAAAAGGGCUCAACAGUCUCUAGGUAUGAAGAAAUUGAGACUGUGACUGAAUAUGUCAAACAACUUGCAGCUGCACAAAUUGAGAAGGCCAGCAGUGCAUGA